AUGUUCCGGGAUUCAUCCAUUGGCAUUGAGCAGUAUCCCAGCUCAGCCACCGGCUUCAUCAAUAAGUGCAUUGACGAUGUCAUCCCCACAGUGACCCCAAUUCGUUGUGAACGCUUGCUUUGCAAUCAGACUAGCGUGUGCCUGGCCUCGCCUCUGAGAAUAACCUACUACCACCUCACCUUUCCCACCAACAUCCCUGUGCCAACUAACGUCUUUCGCAUGGGCCCGUCCAACACCGUGCCCGGAGACCACGUCCAGAUUGCCAUCGUCGGCGGCAACGAGGGCAGCUACUUCAGCGCUCAGAGAGUACCCUCUGGUGGCGUGAUGGCUGUGGUGCAGCCCAUCACUGAGCCACAGGACUUUGAGCUGUCUCUGGAGAUGAGACUGCUGCAUUACGGCACCACCAGCACCUACCUAGCCAAAGUCCUUGUGUUUGUUGUUCAGGAGCACCCUAUAAUGCCGUUCCAGAGUAGAGAGUAGUAGCAUAGCAACAAAAAUAGGUCUGUAACAACAACAGCAAAAAAAGAGCAAACACUGCCACGAUAAGCAAACACUAACACAGCUGGAGUAGACCUAAAGCCGCAUAGCUGUCAUUUGUCUCAUUGUUUUUGUUCCUGUUUUGUUUUUGUGAUUACUGUAGCUUAUUCCAUGUAUUCCCCAGCAAGACAGGCCAAAUGUUAUGUCCUCUGUUGGAGGUAUGGCGUUUGAAUGGCCACUAGGUGGCAUUCUAGGGCAGGGUAUUGAGGUAGUUGCCUGGGGAUGCCUAUUGAUUACUGUACAGUAUUGUGAAUGAUCAUUUACAUGGUGUCCUAAUAUCUUAGUGUUGAUUUGUUGAAUCAAUUGAAUCAGACGUUCAAUCCGGAUCUACUUUCUAACAUACAGUAUGUUUUGUGGACAGCAUCAGCUAUCUCAUUUUGAAUAGGAGAAUUACAUAGCUGGGGGCACUAUGACCUGUAACCUAAGUAUGCAGUUAAUGUAUGGGGCAAGAGUAUGUGAUUUGUAAAAACGUAUUUUCAGUGGCACAUCUGUUUAAUAGAACUGUGAUAUUCCCGUAGGUGAUUAUCAAUGUUUUAUAUGGCGUAUUAGCACUGUCAAGUCAUGGUUGAUUUGGUGGAAGCAGUUAAUUGUUGGAUGUACAUACUUCUAAACCGGUCUCACAUCCUGCACCAGCCUAUUGAUAUUUUAGGAAUAAUGUGAAAUGCACAGAUAGAUUCUACUGCAUACUGCGUGUAUAAAACCAAGCACACAGUGAAUCAAAUACAAGGCAGGGCAAGUGACAGGUGAUGGGAUGCAGUCGUGGAAGACAAGGAAAUAUGUCUAGCACACAGUAUAAAUAGGCCACUAGUCAGAGCCUGCCUGGGCUGUGGCUUAAAAUAACUGUAAAUUCAUGUGUGGGUACCAGGUUCCUCCUGACCUGUCAGAGCAGUAAGGAUGCACCUCUCUAUUGGGGAUAUCCUUAAAAUAAAAAAAACAUGGCGGUCGGGACACAGCUACAGAACACUAGGUUUUCCUCUCUACUCUGACACUGAGUUAUGGGGAUCUGGGUUCUGGCCGGUGGUCUGAACAAUUUGUGGCGGAGCAACAUCACCGCUCGGAGAAUGAAUGAUGCCCUGCUGUAUUUGUGUUGGGGCGUUAUCAAUGAGCAGACUAUAAAUAAUAAUUACCCAGAAAACUUUGCAGCGCUUGACCAGAGGACUUCCAUCCCAUCCAACAGUCUGUUUUCCUUUCUGGUCUUGAAGUAUUGGUUUUUUUCUGUAGGGCUGGGUCUCUCCGGGCCACGUGAGCUGGAGAGAGAGAUGAGAGGACUGGGACGCAAGGGCCUUCCUGUGGCACGCACACACACACACCACACACACACACCACACGCACACACGCACGCACACACAAACACCACGCACACACACACACACACACACACACACACACACAGAGGCCAUAAUUAGCACUCUUCUCCACUUGCUGUCUUGUCUUUGAUGUACCCCGCUCUGGGCGAGGGGCAGUUCACCCUGGGUCAUUAUAAUCUCGUCAAUUUACUCUGUGGCCCAGCGGAGCAGAGCAUUCGCCCUGUCCUCCAGGGCCUGCUCUCUCCUCUCGCUGCUGCAGGCCGAAGUAUUAUAAACUUGGAGAACAUUUUGUGGCUUUGGCCUGGACCAAAGCAAAACUUGGACCCAGCCGCUAAUUGCUAAUUACAAGCCCCUACCCAGUGGCGGCUUUACUUUUUGUCAGGGGCUUCUCCCCUCUCUCCAUGUAAGGAGCCGUGCAACCCGAGCCAGGUUCUGGCCUGGGGUUGAGCUGCUGCCUAUAGGUCCCACGAGGAGAGAUAAUGAACCACUAUGUAGCUACAUUAUAUAUUAUACUGGAGCAGUGGUGGACGUUGACUGGAUCUAUACAUGUUACUCUUGGAAACCAGAACCAAAUCAUGUAGGCACUGGCCAGCUACUUACAGGGUGACGCGCAUUGCAUACACUUCUGUUUGAAGCCCAUCCACACAAGACUAUUUAAGCGGCAUAUAGGGUAUUUUGGCUGUUUGGACUAGGUUCAUAGAGAAGCUGAGUUCAUUGGGAAGAGCAUGAUACAUCCUUACACUCCACCAAGUGGAGAUAACAGCUGACGUUGAGUUGCAGAAUUUGUUUUGAUAGGUUUUGUAACCAGGACCUCUCUCGUCAUCCCCAGGGCCUUGAUGAUUUAAAGACAGGGCUCUGUCCCUGGUGCUUGGUGGUGAAGAAGCAGUUCCUCUCAGAUUCCAGUACAGGUUCCUGGCAGCGUAGCGGCCCUGUAGUUGUAGGUAUGCUGGUGGGUGGCGUUUGUUUCAGCGGGGUCUCCCCUUGAGCUGCCACUGAUUAGACUGUGAAAUAAACCGUCUUAAAUAAUGGGACGAGAGCAGCUUGGAGCGCUUGGGAGUUGUCUAGUCAUGUUCUUCACAAUUUAGGAGACUUUUAGAACCCCCCCUCGUCCCAUAAAUUCUCCUCAGGAGAUUAUCAGAUACGAAGCCGGGGACACACGCUCAACAAAUCCAAAAUAUUUUCCCGCGAGCAGGUCGUGCAUCAUUCUCCCAUCUCCUCUUAGUAUUUCAUAUUUCACUCCUCUUCUCUCCACAAAACCCCCCCACAACCGGUGCAUCAGAAACUGAACCAUCCACGUCUACCAAAGCCUCCAGCAGGCACAAUCUGCCUGCUAUGUGAUCUUUGGCCGUAUUAUUUUUUUAAUGUCGAACAUUAUACCCAGCAUCCCCCGCUGUCGUCGGACAGAUCGUGUUUGUGUAGCGGUCUUUUCACAGGCCCUGCUGAGUUCUUGAUUGUGCGGUUGUACUUCUCCCUUUGAAGAGGAUGCCCUGUCAUUGUGACCACCAGGGGAGGAACUGAAGGCGGUUGGUGCCUAAAGGCUUUUUAUAGUCUCACCCCUAAAGGUCAGAGGCUGUGUGCAUGUUUUUCUUC